GAAGCCUAAACUAAAUUCAAAGUAUUUAGAGUUAGACAACUGAAUUUUAUCGUCAUGUACAGUGUUAGUAAACUAUCAGACCAGCAAAACAAAAUUUCAACUAUUAGAUCACAAGAAUUGUAUAAAUUUACUCCAGUUUUAUAGAUUUUGUAAUUUAUUCUUAGAAGAUAACAUGCUAUAUAUGUUUUCUUGCCGGAUUCUCUUAUCAUUUUACAAUAAUGUCAGGAAACUAAGUCCCAGAACGUUUGAAACGUUUUCAUGAAAGUAAUAUAAAUCAUUUGUUCACAAACAAAAAAUUCUUCGUAAAGUCUUCAAAGAAGCAGACCGGCAACGACAGUGGUACGCCGCAUGAAUGCCACGUGGAAAAAAAUUUAGAUCUGUUUGAAAAAGAUAUAUAUAUUUUUUUUUUUUGUCAACGAAAAAGAUAUAUUUAUAUUUAUAUAAUUGGGGUAAAUAGGAAAGAAAUACAAAAUAUGCUAUUAUUUUUAUAAAAUUGUGUAAUUUUCCGUGAGUCCCGGACCUUCUCAAACCUUCCUCUUUCUUCUUUUUGAUCAACUUCUCAAACCUUCCUCUACCACUAAAAACAAAACAAAAUUAUCCAAUUCAAAACAAAGCUUGGAAGAAAACGACACGAGUAAUUGAGACUCUCAUUUCAUUUUACUCAGCUGUUUUACAUUAUGCAAGACAUAUCCAAGGAAGAAGAACACCUCAUGUAAUCUUUUAAAUUCAUUUUCAAACAGCUCAAACUAGAGAGAGAGAUCACGUAGGUCGUAAUCUCAUGCGGCGUUUUCCUGCUCUUAUAAACAAUCUCAAACCAAUCUUCCCGGCUUCGGGAUCAAACGGUAAAGUUGUGAGAACCAUAGUACCGAAGAAACCGGGGAACGAGAGCAAUGGUGAAAGAGAAACAAUGAAGAAGAUUGAGGAAUCGGUAGAGCCACUGGUUGCCUUCAGUAGGCCACCACCAUUUGCACCAUUUAUUGGUCCAUUGGUCAUGUAUUCUCUUCUUCAAGCAUGGUCUAGCCGCGAUGAAGAUGGCUAGUUACUUCGUGGAAUGCAUACAUAUAUUAAUAUAUAACUAUAUGAGAUGUAUGCCUAAGUUUUCUUGACAAGAAUCUCUAAAAUCUAGAUAUUAACCGAGCCUUUUAGCAUAAUCUUGUGAUAUAUGUUCUGAUUUUCCUCUGAGACAUUAAAAGGUCUGAUGUUGUUUAUAGUAAACCGAUCAAUUGUUUUGUUUUUGUAAGCUUCAUGCGUACUAAUUAAUAGUGAUCAAACGAGUUUCUUAGCAA